AUGCGUCCUCACGGCCUGACCAGUUUGGCCAGCCUUGUUAGCUUGUCCUUAUAUUGCACUCAAGGUGUGACCCAAGAGUUGCCGCCUGGGCUUCCCCUCCAAUAUGCCAGUACAGCGCCAGGAGUCGCCGUGACCAACGGCACGAAGCUACGCAUUCUACCCGUCGGCGACUCUAUCACCGUGGGCUGGCUGGGCGAUGACCAUAAUGGCUACAGAAAGCAGCUGCGGAGCGAUCUGUCGGCCGAUAAAGUCGUAUUUGCCGGCACCGAGCGGUACGGAUCUAUGGAUGAUCCAUACUUUCAUGGUCAGGCAAAACGAUCAACCCCGACGGAUCCUGCCGCGGCCGCCGAGAGACUCGGGGCUCUGAUCGACAAGAUGAUUCAAAAAUGUCCCGACGCCACCAUCCUGGUUGCCAUGAUCAUUAGCACUACUCGGCCAGCACAGGCACCACAAACCGCCCAAUUCCAAGCUCUCGUCCCUGGUGUUGUGCAAACCCGUUCGGCAGCCGGAAAACAUGUCAUCGCCGUUGACUUCACUAGGUUCCCAACGGCCCUGUUGCGCGAUGGAAUCCAUCCCACGGACGGUGGCUACCGCACCAUGGGCGACUGGUGGUACGACUUUAUGACGCAGAUUCCACCUAGCUGGAUCUCGGUGCCAGAGGGACCGGACCCGGUGCGAGAUAUCAGCAGCAAUGGCGGGCCUGACGAAAACAUCCCGCCGCUCGACUGGGGAACCAGCCCUAUCACGGUGAAGACGCCAUCUGAGAUCUUUGAGGCUGGUAAGACCGCCUCGUUGGAGUCUCGGAAAAUAUGUAAGGUGAACCCUCAUUGGUACUCGACCGGCAAGCUGGCGUCGGGGAGGGGCGUGAAUGGAGAUUUCAAGUUUCGCAGUAAAUGGGAAUCGGUGGGUCAGGUUAUGCCAGCGACUGGUUUGGAUCCCAAAUUUGCCCGGCUUCACGACAUGGACGGAGAUGGCAAAGCAGACUACGUCUGGAUCGACCCAGAUACCGGUGCUAUUCGCUGCUGGCUGAACAAGUACCCCAAUGCGUGGGUAAAGGCUGGGAACGAUGGCUUGCUCGCGGAUGGCCGGGGCCCGUCCGAUUCCAUCUUUCUGGCUGACAUGAAUGGCGACGGACUGGAUGACUACCUCGUCGUCAACCCCGACGACGGAUCUGCCGACAUCUACUGGAACCACGGCCCCGACGCCGGGUGGGCGCACGGCUGGAAGUUCGUGGAAGGCGGCCAGAUCGCUUCCGGCGUGCCACAUGCCAAUUGGAAGACGCUCCGCCUGGCUGACAUGAAUGGUGAUGGGCGGGCUGACUAUCUCACUAUCGGCGUUAGGGGAUCCGCUGCGCUGUGGCUGAACCAGGGUUCUCUGGGGACAGAUGUUAAGUGGCUCGGACAAGGGGGCAUUACGGCGGGUAGUGGUGUUACUGAUCUCGAUACGAUCUUCUUUGCAGAUAUCGAUGGAGACGGACGGGAUGACUACCUUAUUUUUGACGAUGAGGCCGGGAUUUCUGGUUAUCUGAACAUCAUGACCCAGAAGAGCGGGUUGCCCCUUUUCGCCAAACAGGAAGGGAAUCAACCCAUAGCCGCCGGAAUUAAAAACACGAAGAACUGGCGGGAUAUUAGAAUUGCCGAUGUUGACGGAGACGGAAAAGCAGAUUACUCGUACAUCGCAAGUGAUGGAUCCGUUCAUCUGUGGCUGAACCGCGGAUCAGCCGACACGAGUCGGGCUUCGGACAGCGUGGUGUUUGCUGAUAUUGAUGGGGAUACUAUUGACGACUAUGUGAUUCUCGGCCACGACAGUGGAUCUAUCUCCGUUUAUCUAAACAAAGGCCCGGAUGAGGGCAUGGGUUGGAAGUUUGAAGCCCUGAAUGGAGGUGAACCCAUCGCCUCUGGUCGCGCCCCAGCGAGCCAGAUUAUAUUUGCCGACAUCAACAGGGACGAUCUCGAUGACUACUUGGUUCUCGACCCUGUAACCGGUGCCCUUAGGGUCUGGCUCAACGAAGGCAGAGAUAGCGGGAGCGCGACUGGGUGGCAAUUCAAGGAGAUGGGUCAAAUCGCGAGCGGUCUCGGGCCUGGCGCUAGAGUGCGCAUGGCGGAUAUUGACGGUGAUGGGUAUGCCGACUACAUCUUCCUGAAGCCCAACGGUGGCACUACGAUUUACCGCAACAAUUGGAGCGAGGGUGGUCCAGGAAACUACUUUGUCCCGUUCCCCAAGAUGGAUGCAUCCGGAAUCAAUGAGAAUCCUGACGAGAUUCAAUUCGUCGAUAUUAACGGGGACGAAAAGGCUGACUACGUCUGGACGCGAAAAAUCGAUGGCGUCGCCAAGGUAUGGUAUAACAACUACGAAUUCAAAGAAGAAGGAGAUGAAGACAAGUCCAGAUAUGGCUGGCGAGAGGGCGGCGUGUUUGCUAGUGGGGUCGGAGCCAACGGCGACAACGUGCGGUAUGCGAUCAUGGACAAGUCGGGCCGCGCAAGCUACGUCGUUCUCGAUCCCGCCACUGGCGCGCCGGCGGCGUGGCUAAACGGAUGCGACGACAAGGGUGACUCGCCCCGUGGCCCGGUAUCCUGUGAGGGUGGGGUUGCGAACAACCCAUAUCAUCCUGCCGGCGACUCUUUUGGUUGGGCCGUGUACAUCCCCGAGCCCAUCGGGUUGACUCCGGCAUACGAGGUCCAGGAAUGCGGGAACCACUUCCUUAAGGUCCUUAAGAAACAAGGGGGGUGCGAGACGCCAACGUCGUGGGGAUGUGACGCUUAUGGUAGGGGCGUCCUUCUCCACUUCGAUACCUCCAUCUUCUGUGGCAAGGGCCAGGUUCAGAAGGCUGUCUGGGACUCGACCAACCCGCAGAUCGGCGGCGAGUGCAUCAACCACGGAAACUCACAAGAUAAAUGGUCCGGCAAAAGCCCCAUUGAGAUCCUCUUAGGGAUAUUAAGCCUGCUACCCGGCCCUAGUAAAGGGAAGUCUUAGGGUUGUCCUCGUAGAUAUCAAAUGAGCAUAUAAUAAU